GAUUUUUGGAAGGUAAUACACUGCAUAAUCAUCAAAUGAAUGGCUCUUCCUCUGUUUCUGUCUGUAAUCUGUUGUUGUCCACAUGUCCUUCCUUUGCUCCACCCUCCUCCUCACUCUCUUCAACCAACCCGCCAUGCAAAUCAUGCUUUGAUACAAAUUUCAAAAACAAUUAAUCAAAUUUGAGAAGAAAAAGAAAAAAAAAAAGUGAACUUCAUGAAAUGGCUCAUCUCCUCCCCAGAAGCUUCCAUUGUCUCUGGUUACCAUGCUGCAAUCUUCCACCAAAAUCUUCUGAAAGGCUUCGAAUUUAUGCUCCAAUUCCACUUCCCAAACCUUGGAUGAGCUUCACGCACCAUACCCACAUGCUUCCCAAUGCCACUUCUUCCCCAAACUCUGAUCCUGACGAUUUUGAUAUUCUCUCUUCCACUGAACAUUCCAAUGGUACUUUUCUGUUCCAGUUCGCCACUGCUAGCGAGAUCAGACAAAAAUUAGAUGAAUUGAACAAAAAGAAAAAAGCAGAUGAAUUGAACAAAAAGAAAAAAUCAAUUGCAUUGAACAAAAAGAAAAAACUAGAUACAUUGAACAAAAAAAAGCUUGCUUCCGAGGUUGUUGUGGAAGAAAGCAAAGCUGGUGUUCGAGCUUUGGUGAGUGAGAGUGUUGAGGAAUUGAACACUGGUGUUUAUCAUCCAUCAGGGGAUGAAAUUGAGUCUUCUUCAACUGUAGUAGUUAGUGUUGCUGAUCAACAAUCUCUGCUUCCCGUGAAGGAAAAGGAGAGUGUCGUUCUUAAUAGUGAUUCUGGGAAUCCGGUGAUCAAUGACAGGCAUGUCAAGUUGGAGGAUGGUGAUGGUAGUAAUCAAGGAGUUUUAAGUGAAGAUAUUGGUACUGAGUGUAAUGGUUUCCUGAGUGCGUCUGAAGAGGAUUCGAAACUUGAUACUCAUCAAGAAGCUGUAGUUUCAUCUGUUGCUCCAGAGUCUGAUGCGGUCUCUGAUCUGAAGAGUGGCGUUUCUGUAGAAGUUGAAGAGGACGAAGCUGGCAAGGGUUAUGGUGUAGAUGGAGUGACAAAUAACUUGGCUACAGCGGUGGAUGCUGAGUUAAGUGAACUGGUGCAAGAAUCCACUUCUUUAGAGUCUGAACAAGUUGGUUACAGUGCAACAGACAACUCGACUGUCAUUGUUGCUGCUGAAAUCAGUGAAUUGGUGCCAGAAUCCAUCUCUUUAGAAUCUGACUCUGAACAAGUUGGUUAUACUGCAACAAACAACCCAACUGCUUCUGUUGCUGCUGAGGCAAGUGAACUUUUGCCAGAAUCCAGUUCCUUAGAGUCUGAGCAAGUUGAUUAUAGUGCAUCAAGCAACCUGAUUGGUGAUGAAGAUACUGAUGCAAGUGAAGUGGUGCCAGAAUCCACUUAUUUAGAGUCUGAACAAGUUGAUCAUAGUGCUAUAAACAACCCGACUGCUGCUGUUGGUACUGGCUUAAGUGAAUUAGUCCAAGAAUCCACUUCUUUAGAGUCUGAACAAGCUGGUUAUAGUGAAACAAAAAACCUGAAUGCCGUUGUUGAUGCUGACAAAAGUGAAUUGUUGCCACAAGACUCUUUUUUAGGGUCCGAACAAGCUGGUUAUACUGAAACAAACAACCUGACUGGUGGUGUUGAUGCCGACUUAAGUGAAUUGAUGCCAGUAUCCACUUCUUUAGAGUCUGAACCACUUGCUAAUGGUGAAGAAACAACACAACUCAUUGUAGAUGACUUAAUUGAUGCAAGUAAAACCGGAAAGUCAGAAUUGUCACGUGAUGAGGUUCCGUCCUCAGAUUUGGAAAACAUCACAGAUAUUGACAAUACCGAAAGAAGUGAUUAUGAAAGCACACCACAGCUUACUAUACCACAGAUACAUUCAAUUGAGGUGGCUAGUCAUCGGACGGAUUCUUCAAAAACGGAGCUAUGCCUAGUUUCUGGUGGCGCUUGCUUGCCUCAUCCCUCAAAGGCAUUGACAGGUCGGGAGGAUGCUUAUUUCAUUUCUCAACAAAACUGGCUAGCUGUUGCUGAUGGAGUUGGUCUGGGGUCUCUUGAAGAUAACUAUGCAGGAAAUGCUGGACUCUAUAUCAGGGAACUCAUUGAAAAUUGUGAAAAUAUGGUGUCAAAUUGUGAAAACAUUUCAACGAUAAAACCUGCAGAAGUUAUCACCAGAGGUGCUGCUGAAACGCAAACUCCAGGAUCAUCUGCUGUUUUGGUUGCUCAUUUUGAUGGACAGGUGCUUCAUGCAGCCAAUGUUGGGAACACCGGAUUUAUCAUUAUAAGAGAUGGUUUCAUCUUCAAAAAAUCAACUCCAAUGUUUCAUGAAUUCAACUUUCCAUUACACGUAGUUACAGGACAUGAUCCCUCACCACUCAUUGAGCAUUACACAAUCGAUCUACACGAUGGUGAUGUGAUAGUUACUGCCACGAAUGGCCUCUUCGACAAUCUUUAUGAGCAAGAAAUUGCAUCUAUUAUAUCAAAAUCACUACAAGCUAGCUUGACACUUCAGGAAAUAGCAGAAUUAUUGGUCGUGAGGGCACAAGAUGUUGGAAGAUCAACAUCCAUAAGAAGUCCUUUUUCUGAUGAAGCGCAGGCUCUGGGUUAUGUAGGAUACGUUGGUGGCAAGCUUGACGAUGUAACCGUUAUAGUUUCAUUAGUUCAACCUAGAUAGCUUUUGUCAUAUUAUAUGUUCCAUUUGUAUAUACAAACCAAUAGAUACGUGAAUUUAUCAUGACACUGAAGGAUGGUAACUCUUUCUCAUGAUUUCUCCUCUUAUUUGGGAUCAGUUGGAUCCUCCAGUGUAGGACAAAAACAUUUUAUUCUGUAAGAUACUUUUCAGUCAUCUUUAUUCUUAUGGACAGUGAUAAAAUGAACAUAAAGUAUGAAAUAUGCAA